CUAGGAAGACGGCGGCAGCGAUGGCGCGGAGGAGAAAGUGGCCGAGGGAAGCCCGGCCUCCGCUGCGAAAGCCGUGCGGUAGGAGUCGGUAGAGAGCGAGCGAGCGACGAGGUAGCAGACAAUAGGAGGAGGGCGGCGGGCAACAAAAGGCGUGAUGCUGGUAGGGCGGCGGCGGCGGCAGCGCGCCCCUGGCUGGGGAAAGGGGACCCUCGUCGGUGCCAGCCUUUCCUCCUCCUCCUCCUGCUGCUGCUUCCUGCCGGGGUCGCCUGCUGCAUCCCUCCCGGGAGCCUUUUAAAGUUGGAUGGCGACGGCGAUGGCCGCCCCCUAACGAACCAGGAGCCGAUCGCAAUGCUGGCAGAGACGGAGGCGGCGUCGGCUCGGCGGAGCUGAGCGCAGCGGCGCGCGGGUAUGGGCUGCGCCCGUCGGCGCCCGUACAGCUCGAGGUGGCCGCUGCUCGGGGGCGAGGCGCGGGGGAGCGAGCGGGGAGGAGGACGAUGCCACCCUCGCGGAGAGGAGCAGAUCGGGCUCGGCGCGGCGCCGCGGAGGUAGGCGAAGAAGGCAGCUUGUCUCGGAGGCGACAGAGCCAUGCGGGAGUGCCCGGCAGGGCGAGGCGGCGCCGGUAGCUGCUGUUGAGGAGAAGCCCCGUCUGCUCGCUCCUUCCGCAGCGUUUGUGCCUCAGGGUCGGCGGGGAGGUGGGCGAUCCUCAGCCUCGCUCCAUGGCGAACGCCAGCGAGUAUGCAAGCAGCAGCAGCAGCAGCCCGCACUUGCCCGGCCCCGGUGGCCUACUCAGCGCCUCGGGCCUCAAGCUGACCACGCUGGGCUUGAUCCUGUGCCUCAGCCUGGCGGGCAACGGGCUCUUCGCGUGGCUCAUCCUCAAGGAGCGGCCUUUGCACCGUGCGCCCUACUACCUGCUGCUGGACCUGUGCCUGGCCGACGGGCUGCGCUCGCUGGCCUGCUUCCCCUUCGUCAUGCUGUCGGUGCACAGCGGCGCGGGCGCCUGGCCUCACGGCGCGCUCAGCUGCAAGGUGCUGGCCUUCCUGGCUGUGCUCUUCUGCUUCCAUGCCGCCUUCCUGCUCUUCUGCGUGGGCGUGACACGCUACAUGGCCAUCGCGCACCACCGCUUCUAUGCCAAGCGCAUGACGGGCUGGACCUGCCUGGCGGUGGUCUGCAUGGUGUGGACCCUCUCCAUGGCCAUGGCCUUCCCGCCCGUCUUUGAUGUGGGCACCUACAAGUUCAUCCGCGAGGAAGAGCAGUGCAUCUUCGAGCACCGCUACGUCAAGGCCAACGACACGCUGGGCUUCAUGCUCAUGCUCGCCACUGUCGUCGCCGCCACCCACCUGGUGUACGUCAAGCUCCUCUUCUUCAUCCACAGCCACCGCAAGAUGAAGCCUGCUCAGUUGGUGCCAGCCAUUAGCCAGAACUGGACUUUCCACGGGCCCGGGGCCACCGGCCAGGCGGCCGCAAACUGGACCGCUGGCUUUGGUCGGGGUCCCACUCCUCCCACUUUGGUGGGCAUCCGGCAGAACGCCACCCAUAGCCAGAUCAAGAGGCUGCUGGUCCUGGAGGAGUUCAAAACGGAGAAGAGGAUCUGCAAGAUGUUCUACAUGAUCACCCUUCUCUUCCUGCUUCUCUGGUCCCCCUACAUUGUGGCCUGUUACCUGCGGGUCUUCAUCAAGGCUACCGCCAUCCCCCAAGUCUACUUGACCACUUCUGUCUGGAUGACCUUUGCCCAGGCAGGGGUCAACCCCAUCCUGUGCUUCAUUUUCAACAAGGAGCUCAGAGUCUGUUUCAGAGCUCAUUUCCUCUGCUGCCAAAGCAUACAAAAUACUCAAGGCACCAUUCUGUGUGAUCUGAAGAAUUUUGGGAUGUAGUUUUAUCUUUCCAAUUGAAAAUAGUACUCUCUUUGCGCUCUUUUUUUUUUGGUAUAUGCACUUGAGAAUUUGUUAUCUAAGGAGACACCUUGAC